AUGGUGAGAGAAAGUCAGACCCAGAUGGUGACCACAGACUUCCAGAAGAUCUUUCCCAUGGGAGACCAUCUGUACAUUGGCCUGAUGAGGCUCGCCACUGAUGUUCAGACCAUCUGCCUCAAGUACCAGCUGAACCCGUGUGAGCUGAAGGAAGGUCAGCAGAUCAAGUCUUGUACCCACAGGAGCAUGGUGGCCAAUCUCUUAUAUGAGAAAUGGUUGGGCCCCUACUACAUCACCGGGCUGGACCUGAAGACCUUUAAGCCCUUCAUUUGCUCUCGGGGCCUCAUGGGCUGCCUCAUAGUGCCAGACCACUUUGUGGUCAGUAGCACCUUUGCCAAACAAAUGUACGGGAUGUGCGAGUCCCUCUGGGAUCCCAGCAUGGAUCCAGAAUACUUAUUUGAAACCAUCUCCCAGGACAUGCUAAAGACUGUGGAUCAGAAUGUGGUGUCCAGAAUGGGAGUCAUUGUCCACAUCGGUGUGAAGGACAGAAUCACCACCAGGACACUGAAGGCCCUAAUGGCAUAACCCUCUCUUCCUCCUGCACCCCCAAGUCCACUUUUUUAAAAAAAUAAAAUAGUUUUUCUUUAAGAAAAAAAAAAAUUCCCCAUGAUAGAAAAGGAGCUAUCACCUGAAUUUAAGGUUACGGUGUCAUUAUCAGAAACUA